AUGGCUGCUGAAAGCGAGAAGAAACGCAUUCUAGAGAUGGUCCAAGCUGAUGGUUCUGAUGAGGGCAGUGUGACAUUUGUGAUGCAUGAUGAAGACCACACCCUGGGGAACUCACUGCGAUAUAUGAUCAUGAAAGAUGAGUCUGUUGAGUUUUGCGGCUACACUAUCACCCACCCAUCAGAGAGCAAGAUCAACUUUCGCAUUCAGACACGAGAUGGAACUCCAGCAGUGGAGCCUCUGAGGAGAGGCCUGACUGAGCUCAGAGAUGUUUGCCAGCAUGUUCUCAACACUUUUGAGGAAAAAGUAAAUGAGUUCAAAGAGAAGCUGGAGGAACCCAUGGAAUGA